AUGGAUGUCCUGAAGGGUUUUCUGAAAGGCCAACCAAACGGCCCUGCGGCCGUGCCAGUCGUCCUCCACAUCUACGACUUGGGCCGACAGUUCUCCGGCGUCAACGCGGUGUGCAAGGCCAUCGGCACCGGAGCCUUCCAUGCAGGCGUAGAGAUCUAUGACAGGGAGUGGAGCUAUGGCGGUGGCGCCCACGGCCCCUUUGGCACUGGAAUCUUCUGCUGUCCGCCCAAAGGCUGCGAGGCGCACUCGUACCGGGAGGCGGUGGAUAUGGGCUUCACCACAAAGACUCGAAAAGAGGUGGAGCAGCUCAUAAAGCAGAAGCUGGCGAAAGAGUGGAAGGGACAGCAGUACGACCUCUUGCGGCACAACUGCUGUCAUUUCGCGGAUACCUUGUGCUGCGAGCUCGGGGUGGGGCACGUUCCACACUGGGUGACCAGUUUGGCCGGAGUUGGAGCUAUGCUGAGGAGCAAUGCGCGCAUUGCUAUUGGCAACGCUGCGGCCGUGCCCAUGUUGGCAGCGCAGGGCAUGAUGGCCGUCGCCGGCCUCUUCGCCGGCGAGGAAGAGGAUGAAAGCCAGGAUGGCAGGGGACCACACCCUGGCGUCCCCGUUGUGUCAACCAGAGUGCCCGUGGAUUCCGUGCAGCGUGCUGGCGCAAACGGAUACCCGCGCGGGCCUACGACCGUGAGCCCCACCAAGCUCGCAGCAGGCGACCCGGUGAGCCCGCUCUCCGUGCGCUCCGCGCAGUCCCGGGCCUCCGGCGCCUCCGCCGCCUCCGCCGCCUCCGCCGCCUCCGCCGCCUCUGGGUCCAGGCCAGAGAUCUUCGCGCUCGGGGAUGAGGUGGAGGUGUACAGCAAUUCCCGUCAGUGCUGGUGCACUGGAGAGGUGAAGCUUGUGGAGCUGACUGCGUCUCCGCCCUUCUUUGAGGUGGCCUUUUGGGUCCCCGGUGAGGCGGAGUUCGGCACCGGGGAGAUGGCUACAAAGAAGGUGCCGGUGGGCUCGAAGGACAUUCGCAGGUGGAAGCCCAGCAGCCCAGAGAAGUCUGGCUCUGCCUGGAGAGUCGGAGAUUGGAUCGAGGUGUUUAGCCAGUCCAAGCAGGUAUGGUGCCCUGGGCGCGUCACGCAAACCUUUCCUGACAAGGUAAAAGUUGCUUAUCAGUUGGCCGGAGCUGGCCCGGAUGACUGGUUCGAGAAGCUGCUUGAUGUUGGAUCUGCCGACCUCCGCAAGGCGGCGAACGAGCCGGUGGUGGCGACGGCCAAGCCCGUGUGGAGCAAGGCGGAAGAGGCCAGCUACCAGGCCGCCUUUGCACAGCUCUUGCCGUACUCCAGCAAUAAGCCCGCCUUGGACGCGGACCCCAUGGCCGAGUACCUCAAGACCAGCGGCUUGCCGCGGAAAGUCCUGCGGGAGGUGUGGAGGGCCUCGGUGACCUCGCCGGCCUGCGCCAGCCUCGAGGAGUUCUGCUGCUGCUGCCGACUGAUUGCACAUUGCCAGGAGGCCAUGAGGAGUCCGGACUUGGCCACCAGAGAAAUGAUGGAGCAAGCUGGCCUGCAAUUGCGCCAGCUUUUGCAGGAACGCUUCCUGAUGAAAGUGCCUUCAAAGCUGCCGGAGUUUAAGGAGCUCAUCUCGCAGCAGAACGCCGUACGGCUGGAUCUGCAUGAGGCCGUUGCCAGCCGGGAUGAGACAAGGCUGAGACAGGCCCUGCAGAGCGGGAAGCUCUUGGAAGUGGAAGUGCGGUGGGGCUACCGGGAGCUUGCGGCCAUACAGGCGAAAGCUUCCGCCGAUGAGGUUGAUGAGCCCAUUCGCUCGAUCGAGGAAAUCCUGGCAGAGGAGGAUGAGCGGCAGAGACUUGAGGAGGAAGAGAUGGCCGCACUAGAAAGGCAACGAGAGGCCGAGCUUGAGUCUCAAGUGGAGGCGGCUUCAAAACAGGUCCAAGCUGCGAUUAGCACGGAUGACCAAAAAGAGCUCCUGAAGAUCCUGGAGCAGUACAAAGGCAUCUUGCCGGACGAGCAGGUUGCAGCUGCACGACGGAGGCUCCCAGGGAUGUGGGCACGGGCCGAAAUGCGCAAGGAACUUGCGCAGGCCAUGAGCACACCAGAAAACACACAGAAGUUGAAGUUCGCGAUUGCGUCUGCCACACGGUCGUGCUUGCCCCAGGCUGAGGUCCAGAAGGCGCAGGACCUUCUAAAUGAGAUGGAGUUGCAGAAGGCAAAGGUGGAUGCAGAAGGCCCAGCACGGACAGACGUGCCCUCAGCUCCUGUCCAAGUCCAGAACAAAAGGAGUGGACAGCCCGAGGCGCCUCAAAGCAAGCUGGAGCAAGCCGUGCUGGCCAAGGACAAGGAACUUAUUCAGGCUGCCCUAUCAGAGCUGAAGGCUUCCGGGAUGUCCACAAGGGAGAGGACAUCCUUGUACACAGCUGCUCAAGCCAAGUUCGGCGCACGUGAUGGCUGA